UAUAUAAAAACUGUAUGAGAUUUGGUAACUCUGCUUAUCUAUCGACUAACACGAUAUGCAUCAAUUUAUCGAAAUAUCUAGUUAUAAGUUUGAUCUCUAAGAAGGUUUUUAUCUUCGAUUUUUUCUUUUUCGUGUAACGAAUGACUUUUUCAUCAAUCGAAUAAAAUACACCGCAUUGUUCAAAUAAACUAAGCAAAAAACUCGAGUCUAAUAUUCUUUUCGGAUUUCCGAGUGUAUGAGAUACAGGCGAUUAGGAUUUCAUACAUUUUUUGGUGCCGAAACCCGGGACUUUCGCUGUACGUCGAGGCUUGUUAGCGUCGGUUGCCUUAAGUGCCGUUGGCAGUGGAUACGAACCGUUAUAAUCUACAUAAAAUGGCUUCCUUAAACAAACGAGCUGCUGCUGUAACAGCUAUUAAUCGAGUCACUACUAGAAUCCUCGCAGAUGGUUACAGUGGCGAUGGCUUUGCUAUUGCUCAAGAUCAGGCAACGGUGCAGUCCCUUUUCGAUAGAUUUGCUGUGGCUCAUGAUGGGCUAAUUAUUGAUGCAAAGAAGGAGGAGCUCGAUGCUCAUUUAGAUUUAUGGGAUCAAAUGGAAGACCUAUACAACAAGGCUAUGGCUAAAGUUCACCGCUUGCAGGCAACCAUCAGCUCCACAAUUCGCAAUCCCCCAUCGAAUGCUGAUGACAAUGACUCGAUAGGAUUACCUAACCCAAUGGCAAUGAAUUUGAAGGUGGAGCGAUUAUCUGUUCCAAAAUUUGAUGGCAGACUGCGCAACUGGCUCGCAUUUAAGGAUGCCUUCGACACAUUGGUCCAUUCACAAGAAUUUCCGGAGGCAUAUAAACUUGGCAAAUUGAGGGAAGCUGUUCAAGGUGAUGCCGUGGCUUUAGUAGGUGGUAUGUACAGUGGUGGCUACGAGGAAGUUUGGAAAGCUCUCAAGGACCGUUAUGACAGUCCGAGACAAUUGGCUGAUAUUCAUGUUGCACAAUUUAUCGGGUUGGACCCAAUAACCGCUGAGUCUACAUCCGCAUUGCUAUCGGUGGUCGAUACAGUGCGCGAGUCGUUGCGUGCACUGGCUGUCAUGAAGAUACCAGUGGACCAGUGGUAUGCGUUGGCUGUUCCCAUCGUAGUGUCAAAGUUACCAGCUCGUACGCAACAGGCAUGGGGCAUGAGCCGCACUACACAGGAUAUACCUCGCUUGGAUGACUUACUUGCAUUUGUGGAGAAAAGGGCACAUAGCUUGACAGCUGAUGUAUUGCGAUGGCCCAUGAAAUCUUCAAACCUUGGCAAUAGAGGCUCUCCCUCUAUUCAACGAACUUCUACGCCUGGCGGGCAUACAACCCAUGCAUCUCGUUUGGUGAAAACGAAUUUGGCUGCAACCACACCUGGGAACUGCGAAUAUUGCAAUACAUAUUCUCACCGGAUUGGGCGUUGUCCACAACUCUUGGCUUUACCUGUUCAGGACCAGGGAUGCCGUUUGGAUCUAAAUAGAUCCAAUUGGAUACAUUUUUAGACGAAUUUUUGCGGGAUACUUAUUUUUUCCGGGAUACAUUUUCUUGAGACGGCGCGGCAACACUGAUUCCACAAAUUGAAGGGAUCUAGUUUGUGCUUCAAUUGUUUGAAACCUGGCC